AUGAGAUGGGGUCAUAAAGCUAAUCCGGAUAGGUGGUUCAUAAACUUACAACCACAAUUCCAAGAAGUUGUAGACGCAAUGGAAGUGAAUGGUGAACCAGAUGUAGCUGGUAUUUUCAGCGCGGCUUUAAUGCCAUUGAAAGAUAUGAAAGAUGCAGAUAUUUUGAACCAGUAUGAAAUGAACAUGGCUGAUGGAAAUAUAACACCUGACGUUCUAGAACAUUUAUCUCAAAGAACUACACAGAACCAUAAAGAUGGUAUAUUUGGUGAAGAGUUUAGAAAGAAAGUUAGGGAUAGAGAAGGAAGAGAACCUAUUGUACAUGACCUUGCAAACGAAAGUUUGCAAAAUGUCAUAAAAACUUACUUUGCAGACAAUGAACUGAGAAGGGAUGAAUAUUUAAGAAAACUCAAAUGGACAGUACCAAAUGAAAUGUUAGUAUUGAAAAACAUGUUCCUUGACAAAAUAAAACCAACUACAGAAAUAAAUGACGCAAGACUGAAACGUUGGGUAAAAGCUUUCCCAUUCACAAAAGAUAUUAUUGGUAACAUGGAAAGAAAACCAGAAUGGCUACAAAAACAUAUAUUUGGAAACGAGCUUAUUCCAUAUGGACAAGCUCUGUUUGAAGAGCUUGAACCGGAAACUCAGGAAAGAGUCAUGCAAACAAUACGCGAAGACUCAAAUACAAACUAUGACAAAAUCUUUCUAGGAUAUAGGUUACCUGAGAUGGGCGACCAGAGCCCAAAGGCAAAAAGGACAUGGGAAAUUUACAACAUACUAGGUGAACAUGAGGCAAAGAUGCAACAACUUGAAGCAGGGGGCAAGUUACCAAAAGCGACACCAAAGAAGAAGAGUAGAACAAAGUAA